AUGCGCUGCGAAGAAGAACGAGAUCUCUGCCGGUUACGACUAGGGCGGCAGUUGACCAGCGGUCUGCCGAAAGAAUCUACUUCGCAAACACCCUCAAUACCCUUCUCAUUGGUUCUGUGUGUGUGUGUUAGGGAUGUCAGACCCGAGCGGAAGCUGAGGCUCAGUCUCCCUGAACGCGCGCAGAAGAGGGAGCGGAACGGAGGUGAUCGAGCGAGGCGAAGUGAAAGGCCUCAAAGCCACCGGGGGCCUUCUCUUCUGAGUGCGUGAGCAACCUCUGGGUUUCUAGUCCCAUUAAUUUCCACUUGAUUGAGGGGCGUUCUAGUGUCUAGACGACAAGCAAUUUGACCUCAUAUGAGGCCAGCUUUUUUUUUGCAAAAAUAUAUAAAUUAAAUCGAAACUUUAAAA